AAAUUUAUUAAGAUAUAAGGGUAAAAUAGAAAUCAAUGGGUAACUCAGGGGGCUUGUUGUGCAUUUGGAAUAAAAGCUGUUUUAUUAAACAAUGUGUGAUAGAGGGGAGUGGCUUCAUUGGGGUUUCUGGUGAAUGCGGUAAGGAGAGGAAAAAAUGUAAUGUAAUCAAUGUGUAUGCUCCUUGUGAUAGGCAGAGGAAGGUCUUGUUGUGGGAGGAGAUUGCUGGACGAGUUUUAGAAGAGGGUGGGUGUUGGCUGUUAGCAGGUGAUUUUAAUGUUGUCCGGAAUGUAUCAGAACGAAAGGGUAAAAUGAGGGAGACGCAGGAUAUACAAGAUUUUAAUCACUUUGUGGAAAGCACGAAGUUAAUUGAUGUUUGCUUGCGAUAUAGAAAGUUUACAUGGUAUAGACCGGAUGGAUCUUCCAUGAGUAGACUUGACAGAUUUUUGAAGUCUACAGAAAUGAGUUUAUUGGCCACGGAUUGGGUUCAAGAAGGUGUUGCUAGGUCAGUUUCUGAUCAUUGUGCAAUAAUUCUGAAGGCAAGGAACACAUAUUGGGGUCCAAAGCCUUUUCGGGUAAUGGAUGCGUGGCAACAACAUCCAGAUUUCAGAAGUUUUGUAGAUGAUAAGUGGAAAGAUUUGCAAGUUGAAGGAUGGGCGACUUAUAAAUGCAAGCAGAAGCUGAAGUUAAUGAAGGAUGAAUGUAAAAGGUGGAAUAAGGAAGUUUUUGGUAAUGUGGAGACUCGAUGGGGGAUAUUAUCAAAGGAAAUUGAAGCGUUGGAUAUAAAAAGUGAAGAGAUUGAAUUAGAUGAGAAUGAGGUGUUACUUAGAAGGGAGUGUUUUCAGGAGAUGUGGGAAAUUUUGAGGAAAAGAGAGGCUAUGUGGAAGCAGAAGUCAAGAAAUAAUUGGAUUCGUCUUGGAGAUGCAAAUACUGCUUUUUUCCAUAGGUGUGUUCAUACACGGAGGGCACAAAAUCAAUUUCAGGUAUCUUAGGAGAGGAUGGGUGGGUUGAGGAGCCAAGUAGGGUGAAAGAGGAGGCAGUGAGGUAUUUUAGUCAGUUGUUUCAUAAUGAACAGUGGAAACGGCC